CGUAAUGUUCGCUGCUUCGACCGCCCUCGCCGCCUGUGAGCCCAGUUCUGCCUUCUUCGGCUUCAUGGGUAUCACUGCUGCUAUCAGCUUUGCCAAUCUCGGAGCCGCAUACGGUACUGCUAAGUCCGGUGUUGGUAUUUGCUCCAUGGGUGUUAUGAGACCCGACCUCGUCAUGCGAUCAAUCAUCCCUGUCGUUAUGGCCGGUGUCUUGGGUAUCUACGGUCUUAUCACUUCCGUCAUCAUCAACGGUAAGAUGGAUACUCCCGCCACCUACUCUCAGUAUUCUGGCUAUGCCCAUCUCGGUGCCGGUCUCACUGUCGGCCUCUCCUCCCUCGCCGCCGGUCUUGCCAUUGGUAUCGUCGGUGACUCUGGUGUCCGUGCCAACGCCCAGCAGCCCAAGCUUUUCGUCGGUAUGAUCUUGAUUCUUAUCUUCGCCGAAGCUUUGGGUCUGUACGGUCUCAUUGUCGGCCUUGUUGUCGCCUCCACUGCCACUGAGAAGGGUGCCGGUCUUUGCUCUUCCUUCGCUCCCCAGUAAGUAGCUGUCAGAGCUACCUAGUCACUACUAUAGGGGUUUUGACUGGAAUUCACUUCCCGUGACAUCAUAAACUCAGUAUCGAGUAUGAUAGCAGUGGUUGUAUUCAUACUUUGCAUAGUAGAUAAACAUCAUCACUGCCGUCUGUAUUACUCCACUGGAGCUAUAUUUGUCGUAGUACCAUUGAAUAGAACAGAGUUUUCUUCUCAACUUAGGGUUGA